AUGGGGAGGAUUAUCAAACAGUACCCAGGAUUUACCGACGCAAGCGCCCUUGGCCCGAACUGCGUGACCCAGAUGGAUCGCACUCAGGCCUCAUUUCUGGAAUCCGCCAUUGAGGUGGUUGUGGCUCGGAAUCGGCCACCUUGGUGCCCUUCAAGGGGAUAG